CACGCUGCGGAAAUCUGAUGCGGAUAAAUUGGAGCUGAAACUACAGCCAACGGACACGACUCUGCGUGGAUAUGGGGGAGGUGUGGUAAUACCUCACGGUAUCACCAGAGUAACAAUAAAAAUUGACCUAGCUGAAGCCGAAGUAGAAGUACAUGUGGUUCCAGAAGAACUACAGACAGUGCCCCUUAUCGUGGGAAAGCCAUUUUUGUGUUUACCGAUUGUCACUAUGGUGCAACGAGGAGAUAAGUUGCGGCUGUUUGACAACAUCUUCGCAACUCUGCCGAAGUUGGAUCGACUCCCCCCAAGGAUGACUCAAUUAGCGGCUGCAGAGACGGUAGUUAUACCGUCACGACAUGCUGCGGAUGUCCAGGCACGAGUGAAUAACAAUUAUUUUGGUGACUUAUAUAUGUAGAGCUUAGCGUACGCGGGAAAGUUGGAAAAGAGCACUGCAUACCGCGAUGCAUGCUCAGCAUAAACUUGGGAUUGUUGCCAAUAGUUAAUUUAUCUCAUAAGCCAUUAACUAUCGAAAAAGGUAAAAUAACAGCACGUGCGGAAAGAGCUCGAGAGGAGACGGUUAACGAAACAAAAAUAAAAGACAUAUUUUCUAUUCGGGCCGAGGAAAAAUAAUUCAUAUUUAGAAAAAUAAUUUAUUUCUUUGACACGUACUUUUUUUCGUACUAUGACAAAAAUUGUUCAGGAAAAACAUUAAUAAUCAACAUUAAUGUCAUAGUGUAAUACAGGAUAGCCCUUUAUUACUAUUGAAAAUUUUCAGCGGAUAACCCGUCCAAUGAAUGUUUCAAGCUGGCGAAUAUAAAAACUCUGAAAUAAGUUUCUUACCAAGGACACCACAAAUGGUGGGCGCGAUCUAAUAGCGAGCACCGAACUACUCCCGCUGCUGCUGCCUAAGACCAUAACUUUUAAAUCAAUAAUCAUUAGGUUCAAAUAUAUACUUAUCAACCUUGAAUAAAUGUAUAUAUUUAUUCUAAAUGAAUAUAUUUUUUGUGUCUAGGUAAACGGGGGCUGGCAAUAGCCCUUCGAACAAGGUAUUUGCUUACCAAAGCGUUGGAACAAGUUCGAUUCCGGCCUGCACCAAUGAAUUUUAUUUUUUUAAUACUAUUUAUGUGCAUUACAUUGGCAGCUCCCUGAUGGUAGAAUACUGACAAUUUUUCGAGCGAAUGGAAGUGGCGCUGACUUCAUUACAAAAUAAUAGCGGAACACAAAAAAACUCGAUCGAAUCUGCAGGGCUCUGCUGCCUCUAUGACUAGGCUAGCGAGUGGGGCUUCUUAUCAAAGAAGAACACCUGAGAUGUAAUAUCGUAAAAUUAUGUCACGAUGACAUAGGCCAUGUCAGACUCGAAAACACGCUAAAUAAAAUAAAAACGGACUAUUGGUUUCCUUCAAUGAAAAGGUAUGUACGACGAUACAUUGCCUCUUGCCUCGAUUGUCUGUAUAGUAAAGAGCCUCCAGGUAAGAAACCAGGUCAUUUACACCCAAUAGAAAAGGUUCCGGAACUAAUGCACACUGUACACAUUGACCAUUUGGGCCCCUUUACCGCCAGCGCACAACAUGGUAAUAUACAUUUAAUAGUUAUAGUCGAAGCAUUUUCUAAAUAUGUAUUUGCCAAGGCUGUUAAGAGUACUAAAGCUAUUCCUGUACUACGACUUUUAGAUGAAGUUAGUGUUUAUUUCGGGUUUCUAAAAAGAAUUAUUACGGACAAAGAUACUGCCUUUAGCAGUAAACAAUUUAAACAAUUCUGCAUUGAUAAACAGAUACAACACGUCAUGGCUGCCGUAGCCACUCCGAGGGCUAAUGGGCAGGUAGAAAGAUACAAUCGAACUAUCCUUUCUAUGCUAUCGUCUAGCAUCGAAGACGAGCGACAUUGAGACCGUAAAUUAUCUCAAGUUAUUUGGGGUAUUAACAAUACCGUAAAUUCAAGCACGGGAAAAUUGCCGUCGGAAUUAUUAGUCUGGUUGAGGCCUCGCAAUGCAUCUGAGUCGCGAUUAUUGAAUAGUAUCGGAGAACCCGCGCGGGUGAUUGAUUGGGAUCAAGAACGUGCGGAAGCUUCUCAGUCUAUAAAGCGAUGACAAAAAGAGCAGGCCGAAAGAUAUAAUAAAAAAAGAGCUCCCUCUCGGCUGUUUGCGUGCGGUGACCUCGUAAUGACUCGUAGAGUAAUCGCUUACAAUGAUGGCAAUAGUAAAAAGUUAUUACCCAAGUACGCUGGGCCAUAUAAGAUUACUAAGGUACUUGAUAAGGAUAGAUACGUCAUUGAGGAUGUAAAAGGCGCAGAAAGGACACAGAAGCCUUACACUGGGAUUGUUCCUGGAGACAAACUGAAGCUUUACAGUACAGAAAUCAGUGAAUCAGAGUCCGAGGACAGUAACAGUGACGAUAAUGCGACUGUACAACCUUUGGGACAGCCCGGUGUGUUGACGAGAAGCAGGGCUAUAAUGGGUGAUAGCAGUCACCGCCUCCAACUGCGAGGACGCGGAAGACUAUCAGGAAGGCCGACUACAAGAAGCAACCAUAUUGCCCCGAAUACCUAGGCUGCUGAACAGUCUAGCUAUGACGUCAAACCCACCCCCAUCACGUGACACCUUAGUGACCCCCGCAGGUCAAGGGACCCGAGGGCCUCAACGGCAGAGUAACGUUCGUCAAGUCGAAAAUUUCAGUGUAGAAGAAUUUAAACAUGGUUGGUCAGUAAAGUAAGACAAAUCAAAAAGCGUCAUGGAUUCGUAUUCAAAUAAAAUGAGAAUAGUAUUACUCUUAUAGGACGAGAAGUAUAGUCUUCGUUUUCUUAAAUAUAUAGAAGAGAGAAAACUUUUGUUUAGUUUUAAUGAGAACGUAAAUAGGCAAAAUAAGCUGGUACCGCUGACAUCAGUCCAAACCACCAGUAAGCAUCGUUAUCAUUUAAACCUAUACCGCAAACGAAUAACAGGAUAACCGCACAUGUUUUUACGCACAUUGAAUGCCUAAAUAAAGGAUCGAAAAUAGAAAAUUAAAAUCAAUAUUAGCUGCUGUUUAUACUAUAAAAGUAUGACUGUAUACGUGAUUGACGUCGAAUAAUCGAAUCCCUGUAUAAUAAGAUUUACCAUAACUACACUUAUUAGCAACUCAGUGUUGACUACGAGCAUACUGCAGCAUGUUGUUAAACAGGAUUCUAUUAAUUUUAAUAUUCGCUAUCUACGGCACCCCAUGUAUUGGAGCGCUACCAACUGAAUCUGAUAGACAUGCAGAAACGAACCAACUGGACCUCACAUUAGUAGCACUGCAGAUAGAUUCUAAACUCAACUAUGUACUGUGUGGAGAACAUGCAGUUUUCAACAAAACAACGCGAGCUCUUGAAAUUCGCUGUUAUGAUGACAUGCCACCGUCCAAAUAUAAGGUGAAAUUUUAAUAACAAUUGCAAUCACAAAGUGGAUUAAAAUAAUUUUCUACCGGAGUGUGCCUGUAUCGAUAGUUACCUACGGAAUUCAGCGAACAUUUGCAUCAAAACGGAAGAUUGCGUUCCCUAUAUUGGUGGAUUCAAUUCUACAGGAUCGGAAGAUGCGAACUCGGCCGUUGUAGAUUUUAUUUGUUCAUGGAUAAAUUUUCUCCUACUUUUUCUGGUUAUUGCAACCAUUAUUUACGUAUUCUAAAGAUGAAAAAUCCGGGGAUCUCAAGUUUUCUAACAGAAGGUCCACUGUCAAUAAAUCAUUCGACAGAAUAAAAUAGUUCUACGUCUUUUUUUGAGGAUUUAAAGCCCGGUCAUCCAACAAAGUCUCUUAUGCGCAUGCGUCAUGAACGUCUCGAUAUUGGAUCCCCGCAUGACCGGGUUCGCCUUAGUAACAUUCAUUUAUUUCUCUGUGUGGACGUCAAGCUCACCAUAACAUGUUACUAAACGGAAAUAUAUUGUUUUUCUUAUUCGCUGCUAAUGACAUUACAUGUAAGUAUAAAUAGAUCAUGUGUGUAACAAUAGUAUACAACAUACCAAGGAAGAAAAGUGGGACAUUCCGAUCCGAGUGUGUAAUUGCCUACCUGUACCAAUAGAGAGAGUAUUAUGUUUUUUACCAGAUCUGCACUUGGAAGUUUAAAUGCUUGCCUUUGUUAAAUAGGACAAGAAUCUAAACAUCCAGUACUCUUAUGUUGUUGGCGCGCUACCGGCUGAAUCUCGUCAAAAUGAAGUGACGAAUCAAUUUGGACCCACAGUGGUACCACUGCAGACAGUUUCUCAACUUAACUAUCUACUGUGUGGGUAAUAUGCAGUUUUAAAUAAAACUAUGCGAGCUCUGGAAGUUCGCUGCUACGACAACAAGCCAGAGUCCGAAUACAAGCUUUCUCCGCCUGAUUGUGAAUGCUUAGAUGGUUACAUGCGGAAUUCAGCCAACGUUUGCAUUAAAGCUUCAGACUGCGUUCCAGUGUCCAAUGGAUCCAGUUCCUCAAGAAGUGAAGCAGUGGGCAAAGGCAUUGUAUUUAUUAUUUGCAGCGGAGUCGUUGGUAUCAGUUACAUUAUGUCAUAUAUCGUGAUCAUAUAUGCUACUGUUAUUUUAGAGAUAAAAAGUCAGAAGAAUUCAAACUGACUAACAAAAAAAUCUCUGUAAAUAAUAAUUUAUAGAGCAGAAUAAAGUUCUACGUCUAAUAUACGAGUUAACGAAUACUCUGUGUGCAAAUAAAACCUAUUGACUAUAGAAAAAAUGGAUUUUUCUCUAUCAAUACUCAAAUUAGCCGUGUAACCAACCCUAACUACAAAACUGUCACUGUAUACAAAGUGAGAUUGACAUUAGGGGAGAUGAACAUACAGUAACACUGCUACCAUAUGAUACCACGACGAUUUUUGAUUUGCGAUCUUAUACAAGUUACAUUAGCAGUAUCUUUCACCGAUGAUCUUUCGGGUUCAAAAUUGCAAUACUCUGGUGCUAGCUUCUGGAUCAAAAUAUGAAGCAAUAUUGCGCAAUUCAUAUGCAAGAUAUGUGUUACUAAUUUCUUACAGCGAAUUUUAGUUAAUUUUGAACACUAUGACGCAAUAAUAUUGUAAGCAAAUCUUACGCAAGCAUUGCUUAAUAUUGUCACUAAGGAACUAGUCCGAAAUGUCAUGCAUGUGCGUAGUUUUUAGUGUCAGAAAUAUAGUGCAACUUUCUCCAGAAGAUCAGUAAAAAAAGAAAAGAUAUCUGUAUUUCAAAUAAGACCUAAAGUAGGUAGGGAACGUAGGAGUUUAUUGUGUCAUUCAAAACCAACAAUAAAUAUUAUUAUAAAUUUAAUUUCUGACGCAAACCCAAAAACAGGAAAACCGCAUCGGAAUGUAUGCCCGAUAAACGUUGAAAAAUAUUAUAAAAAUAUUGAGACUAUGACGAACCAGAGUUCAUAUUUAGGCAUACAGCCAGAUGGAACAAUAGUUCGGUAACUCUUUUACGUCAUCAAAUUGAAUUGUUGUGCCUAUAUAAUCAGUUGCAAUAUUAAUCAAAGUUACAGUCGUGAAUCAGCUUUACCGUAGGAAAGAAGUUAAUACUAAAGACCACAUGAUGUCAGAAAAGUUCGCAUUUGUUCUGUUCGUCACUUGCAUCGCCUUUAUUGAUAUCAAAACUUCGCCCACCAACAGUGACUCUUGGAAAGAUGGCUUUUGUGGUGAAAACGAGGUCUACGACUUUAUGCGGCGUGGGUGUGAAGAGCGCUGUGAUGAUCACAACCCAACAUUCUGCUUUAAAUUUACACAGUAUGCUGGUGUGAAAAGGGGUACGUUAGAGAUAAAUCAGAUACUUGCAUCAAAGUUGGAGACUAUCCCAAUGUAUCUGAAAACUUGGAGUUCUUUAAAACAAUCAUCGACACGUAGAGCGUAACAUAUAAAUGGAAAUUGGACUAAUUAACGGACUGAUAAAUUACUAAUAAACGAUCAUUUCGCAUAUUAACGUAUUCGUAUUAUUCUUCACACCCUCAUUUAAACUCCAAAUUAUUUAAGUACUCAGACACUGCCAAGAUUAGUAAAAUGCUGAUAGUUAAUCACAAAAACACGGAUUCAUUGGUUGAAGAAACUGCCGCUAGGGUAGCUGGCUGCAGUGACCCUGUUGUCUUUUGCUUUCAAAGAUUCCAGUCGCAUGGAUUUAGCAGGGACACUUGGUCGGAACUAAAGUAGUAUACCUAUCACUAUUUAUCUGACUCACACUACCUAAUGGAUAUCAAAAAAGAGAAACAUGAUUUCGGAAAUCCCAAACCACAUCGAAAACCCAUGCCGGGAACUGAUAUUAGCCGCUAUCAACGUCCCGGCAGGAUAUAGGUAUUAUUAUAACACUAAUCCGAGUCACUGGUUCAAAUUAGAUUAACCGAAAUGUAAUGACCGGUUAUUGGAACAGUAUAGCAGAUCAGAGUGGAACGCAUUUUCACUAUCAUUAUGUGAUAUAGCUAUUGGAUUAAACAGACAUAGAUGACAUUCUAGAAAUUGGCAAGAAUCUAAUCCAUCCUUACACUAAAAAGAACUUAUUUAUACUUCGAUAACAAUAUCAUUAAUAACAUCAGGAAUCUACGACCAAAAAAAAAAUUAUUAAUCAUGACACGUGAGGGAGAGUGUGGGCUCAAUGGACGGUGGCAUACACCGACGUUGAUAAAAGUAAGAUGACGACGCUGAAUGAACACCAAUGGCACGUAUUCUUAGAGGACUAUCCGCUGUUUAGAUGUUAUGCUACAAGGCAAAACAAGACACUGCCUGUUGACUACGAGGUACGAUCACAUUGCUUGACUCCAACAAACAAAACUUGUACCAAAGCCCAGCCAAUUAACUCUACACGUGACGGGGAGGAUUCAGGAACUGAUCAUAAGAUUCCUUUAACGGAUACUGCAAAUAUCACUAGUGCUAAAAACUCAACGAUCACAAGAAAAGAAUUGAACAGUACUACUACACAGCCGGAAAGAAAUAAUGAAACUUCUGCCAGAAUAAAAACAAUAGCAUCAACAAAAGAUGAAAAUAUUACUGAUCAAUCCAAAUUCAAUACAAGCACGAAUUCUAACUUAAAUACUACUAUCCACCGUAAAGACGCAGUUGUCAGCACAACUGAAAAAGUUUAUGUCCCCAACAAUGCAUCGACCGCAGAACUAAACGCAACAUCUACUAUUCAACCUAAAGAAGUAAAUGCAACUACUUCCUCGGCAAUUGAUAUCAAGAAACCUGCCUUUCCGUAUUGGAUUAUACUAAUCUUAACCUUCGGGAUUGUAAUGGUUGGAACGAUUAUAUACUUCGUUUUUCGUACCAUGCGUAAGCCUGGUCAAUCCGAAAGAGCAGUUACAUUCAACGCAGUCGGCUCUAGAAAUAAUAGUUCUUACGAGUGAUCCGUAAUCAUUUAGUACUUUCAUUAUUGUUUUUCUAAAACUCUUCAAGACUCCACUCAUGGAAACUUAGGCAUAAUUCCCAAGAGCUUUUUCACAUUAACCAAUAUGUAAUCUGUAUCUUAUGUUGUAGAAAUUUUUUAAAUAUAAAUUGCUUACUUUGUAGAGUGUAACUCUAAGAAAUGCCUAUUACUAACAUUAUCUAUAAGUUAUGGUUAAAUAAAGAUAUUGCUUACAAAACAUGUUUUUUGACUUAUUCUACAUAACCCCAAUGCAAACGCAACCCGCACUCUAUUCGAUUCUACCCCUCAUCGAGCUGAUAGGUUUUUACGAAGCAUUAUUUACGUAACGCCAUAUUUCACAUCUUCAAAAUCCAAC